UAUGCUAUUAAAAAUAAUUAUUAGUUCGUUUUGACGUGUAUCUUUUCCUAAGGGGACAAAAAAGCGAUCGAUCAAAACAAAACGCAAGAAAGGUGUUUCGCAAAAUUAAUAAAAACAAAAGCUUUGGCAAAACUCGUUUUUAUAAGAUCCUUUUAUUUAAGAAAUAGAAAUAUGUAUUUUAGUAAUCACAAGCCCGUAAAAAUGAUGAAAUCAUCCGCGCAACAACAGAGUUCAUUUUCAAAACAACAGAAGAAAUAUAUUUGCAUAAAUUGUGGGCAUCCAAUUGCGGAACUGUAUAGGAAAUAUACAAAUACCGCGAUCAAAACAAGUCAUUGUGAAAAAUGUCACAAAGUAGCGGACAAGUACAUCGAGUUUGACCCGAUAAUAAUCUUGGUGGAUGCAAUGCUGCUAUCACAGGAGUCUUACCGUCACAUGCUGCAUAACCGGAAUUUUAAGCUAAAUUGGAAAUUGUCCCUUGUGCUGUUAUUGCUCGAAUCGUUUGCACUAUGGAGACAAAAGGGAAUCGUCAGCUUACAAAAAGAUGUGUUGCAACAUGAAAUCAUUAGUGAGAAGGGUUUCUAUAUUUGCUGCUUACAAAAUAUUAUAGAUUACGUUAUUAUCACACUAAUUUUGUUGAUUGUAGCCUGUGUACAGCGUCCAGCACUAAUUUCGUGUACAGGCAUUAACAAAUUCGCUGUUAUUCUACUAAAAUCGAUCACUAUAGCAAAUUUAUCAAAAAUGUUUCUUCUACCACUUAUUGUAUGGCGCGAAAAUACUACAGAUCUGGGUGCUAAUAUACAUCAGUUACUCGUGCUGGGCCAUCAUCUAUUAGCUUUGGUGUAUAUUUAUGCUAUAGUAGGAUCUUUUAAAAAAUUACAAGCUUUUUUUAUCAUAUUACCGGCUUUUGUAGUAAAAGAAUAUAUUAAGAGCAAUAUUUCAGUUUACUUGGAAUACUACUUUUGAAUAAAAUUAGUGUUGAACAAAAA